CUCAUCAAAAAAACGUAAGGGCUUAUAAAAGGGGCGUCGCACGAACUUCUGUGCACUGCACUUGAGGAGCUGCUCACGCACUGUCUGGAACACUCAGCCUUCACUACCCUCUCUAUUCUACACGAUGGCCUACACACUCACAUACUUCCCGGUCAAAGGCAGAUGUGGUGCCUUGAAGAUGAUGCUGGCAGACAAUGGGCAGCAGCUGAAGGAGAAUCUGGUGACCAUAGAGGAUUGGAUGAAGGGUGAUCUGAAAGGCAGCUGUCUCUUUGGACAGUUGCCCAAAUUUGAAGAUGGUGACCUGGUCCUGUAUCAGUCCAAUGCCAUGCUAAGGCAUUUGGGUCGCAAACAUGAUGCAUAUGGAAAAAGUGUCUGUGAGGCUUCCCGUAUUGACAUGAUGAACGAUGCAGUUGAGGAUCUUCGCCUAAAAUACCUCAAGCUGAUCUACCAGGAAUAUGAAACUGGUAAGGAAGCAUACUGCAAAGAUCUACCCAACCACCUCAAACCAUUUGAGUGCACUCUGUCCAAAAGCAAAUCUGGAUUCCUAGUUGGUGAACAGAUCUCAUUUGUGGACUACAACCUGUUCGACCUUCUGCUGAACCAUAAAGUCCUCUGCUCUUCCUGUCUGGACUCCUUCCCAGCUCUGAAGAGCUAUGUGGAUAAGAUUGCUGCCCGUCCCAAAAUCAAAGCCCUCCUGGAGUGUGAAAAGUUCAAGAAGCUUCCCAUCAAUGGCAAUGGCAAGCAGUAAUUCAGCAGAACAUUCUCAAACAAUAGCACUUGCUGUUAAAAGGCCUUAACUGGUGCUGUGUGAUUAGCAAAACAACAUCUUGUAUCUUUGUAUGAAUAUCUGUUUUGUAUGUUUAACUGUUUUUGAUAGUUUUUACUAACGGAAAGCCAUGUAUCAAUUAUUAUGAAUAAAAAAUGUAAACAUCCAGAA